GAAAAAGAUUUGUCGAGGUCUUUGGUCGACGAGGUUAUCCGACCAUUACCUUGAUUAGCCGUUCUUUUACUGUUGCAAAUUCAGGAAAUCUUCGAUUCAUCCACGACGUCGAGUUCCUAUGCAUUUAAGGCAAGAUCAUCAAUGCGAAAUCUCCUCUUUCGGUUUUCAAAUGGCAAGAAGAACUCUUGAAGCACGCAUUCCCACAGUCCCGAUUCUCAGGCAAGCGUUGGUAGGCGGUGGGGCGGAGAACGCAGGAAAUCCGGUGCCUUUGGCGCCUCUUUGAGCUCUAAAUUUGGGCUCCGAAGCCGAUAAGCGACACUUCUUUCCCCCUUCUGUUCCCUUUUAUAGGCCCUUCUCCUGUGCUGGUGGUAUCCGUAGUGUGUUUUAAAUGGCGAGUCUUCCGCAGCCGUUAGGCCUCAACACCCCCUUCGCCGCCAACCCCGCCCCUUCUGCAGGUGUUGCCCCCUCUGCUCAGGCAACCAAGGAUCGCAAGAUGGCCUCAGCCGAGCAGCUCGUUCUUGAGCUUAGCAACCCUGACACAAGGGAAAACGCGCUGCUUGAUCUUUCUAAGAAAAGAGAGCUAUUUCAGGAUUUGGCUCCAAUGCUGUGGCAUUCAUUUGGAACAAUUGCGGCAUUGCUGCAGGAAAUAGUUUCCAUUUAUCCUGUGCUUUCACCACCAAAUCUUACUCCUAGUGCGUCAAACAGAGUUUGCAAUGCACUUGCUCUGUUACAGUGUGUAGCUUCACAUCCGGAUACCAGGACACUUUUCCUCAAUGCCCACAUACCAUUGUAUCUGUAUCCAUUUUUGAAUACGACAAGCAAGACACGACCAUUUGAGUACUUGAGACUUACCAGCCUGGGAGUAAUUGGUGCACUAGUGAAGGUGGAUGACACUGAUGUUAUUAAUUUUCUGCUUUCAACGGAAAUAAUUCCUCUCUGCCUGCGCACAAUGGAAAUGGGUAGUGAACUCUCGAAGACGGUGGCUACGUUCAUUGUCCAAAAGAUUUUGGUGGACGACGUUGGCUUGGCAUAUAUCUGUGCUACUGCAGAGCGGUUUUUUGCUGUUGGCCGUGUUCUGGGUACCAUGGUUGCUUCACUAACUGAACAGCCUUCAUUGCGACUAUUGAAGCAUAUAAUUCGCUGUUAUCUUAGACUUUCUGACAAUCCUAGGGCUUGUGAAGCAUUAAAGAAUUGCCUUCCUGAUAUAUUGAGGGAUAUGACUUUUCUAAAUUGCCUUAGGGAUGAUCCACUCACACGGCGAUGGCUCACUCAGCUGCUGCACAAUGUGAAUAAUGCUGGAAAUGUCAACAACAUGCCACGAGGCCCCACUAUGGUGCCUGGACCUAUGGACCAUUUCAUUACAGGAUGAGGAACAACCGUCUAUUCUGCUGCAUAAUAACAUCGAGAGAGCACGUUUUCUGAUAUCACACAUUGUUUUAUCCCACAAUCAGUUCUAGGAGUACUUAUGUGUUGUCCCUCUUGUCCAUGUAUUAUUAUCUAUGGAUGUUCACAAAUAUGUAUUUUUCUUUUUUUCCUUGGACGUGAAUGGUCUUGUCACACCAGUCCACUCGCCAAAAAUCAGGUGCAGAUAGAAGCCUUAUUGUUCUCCUUUCUUUUUCACUUGAAAGGCAGAUGUUCCUCCAUAAUUAAUGAAAACUAAUACAGUGUCGAUUCUUGGUA